AUGUCUCACUUUGCCGCUCUGAGGACCCGAGAGCUGCGCGAGCUGCUGGAGGAUGAAGACAGAAUAAGACACAUCAUCAGGGGCAGCGAUAAGGUUCAGGGGCUGCAGAGUGCUGCAGAGAAGAUGCUGCUUUCCAAUCAGAAAACAGCCAAAGUCGCUCUUUCUCAAAAACCUAAAUUUAGAGAUGCUAAGUUGCUACUUGCAAUGAAGUACAAAGAACUGGAAAACAUUCAAAGCAUCAUCCAGGCCAAACAAGAACAACUUGCAGAAAAAUCCAGUUUGCAUUGUGCUCAGUGGAGUCUCCUAAAAACAGUAAACCAUGCAGAGGAGGAGUGUGAGAUGCUGUGUCAGAGGUUUGAAGAGGGGAAUACGUUGCUGGCAGAUUUCCUGAAUUCCUUUCUGGGCUCACGGAAAGCCCAACACAUCAGGAUGGUUCUGGUGAAGAAGCUGCAGGAAGUUAUUGAAUUGGAAUCAACACAAUGGCUCGGUGAGAUGCACCCUGACACUCCCAACACCUGCCUCUGCAGUCUCACCACAGCUGUGGUCUUACCAGCCUGCUGCCACCCUCCAUUCCUGCUCCCCUUUGGCCUCCAUGUGAACACGGAUCACCGUCUACAACAUUUACCGCUUUGUCAUGAUUACAAUGUGUCUCUACGUCCUCGAGUGCACGGACGAGGCCCCAGAUGGCCCACAAGACCUGUCCGUCUUCCGCCUCUGAAGGUUCAGAAGAGGAGGCAUCAACAGGCACCACAAUGA